AUGGAUUUGCGAUCGUGGGUUUCUGACAACACACUAAAGUUGUUUGGAAUGACUGAUGCGACCAUAGUUGAUUAUAUGAUCGCAGAAGCACAGUAUGCUAAAAAUAGAGAGUCACUACGUGAAACUUUGAAUGAGUUACCACAAACUGGAGAGGCCGAACGAUUCAUCAAUGAACUAUUCGAUCGAGUUCCUCGAAAGAGUUCAUCAACUGAUGCAGUAUCAAAACGAAAAAGACAGGAACAAGAAACAAAAAAAUUAGUUGAAAAAAAUAAAACAACUUAUACAUUACUUCAAGAUAAUGAUGAUUAUUCAAAUGAGCAAACUGCAAAAAAAUCUAAAAAGUCAAAAAAAGAAAAAAAUUUAAGAAAAAAAGAUUCUUUAAAUGGUUGGGAAAGUGAUUCUGAAGAUAAAUAUAAAAUAUCUGAUGAAAUAAAAGAAGAAUCAGAAGAUGAGUACUUAAAAGAAGAAAAUGAAAAAAUUCAAGAUAUAAAAGAAAGAGAUGAAUAUGCUAAACGUCUAAGAGAGAAAGAUAAGGAAAGAACGAAAAAGCUUGUAGAAGAUCGAUCAUCAAAAGCAGAUAGUGAAACUGCUAAACGGAGAAAUCUUGCUGAUGAUGCUGAUGCUCGUAAACAACUUCUUCCAGAAAUUCGUGAAAGAUCACGACAAACUUACUUAAAAGAUCGAACAGAUAAACAAUUACAAAUGUUAGAAUUAGGCGUUCUUGAUGAAGAUUUAUUGUUUAAAGAUGAAAAACUUUCUAAAAGAGAGAGAAGAGAAAUUGAAAUGAAGAAAGAGACUUUAAGAUUAACAAAAGAGCGACUUAGUCUUUCAGGAAAAUCUGAUGAAUAUGCGAUGCCAGAAGAUUAUAUAACUGAGAAAGGAAAAAUAGAUAAAAAAAGAAAAGAAGCUGUUUUAUAUCAACGUUAUGAAGAAGAUCGUGAUCCAAAUAAAUUUGUCACUGAUCAAGAUCAAUGGGAACAAACUCAAAUAGUAAAAUCCCAAUUAAAAGUCGGUGCUCAAGAUAGAAUAAAAGAUGAUGAGGAUUAUAGUUAUAUUUUUGAUGAUCAAGCUAUUGAUUUUCUUGAUUGGGAUUGGAAAUCAAAUGAUAAAGAAGAUGAAAUUAUAGCCAGAAUUGAUGAAGCUGAACGAAAAGCAAAAACAAUUGAGGAGACGCGCAAGUCUUUACCCAUAUUUGCUUUUCGAGAAGAAUUACUAAAAGCUAUAAAUGAGUAUCAAACUAUAGUGAUUGUGGGUGAAACAGGGUCAGGAAAGACUACACAAUUGCCUCAAUAUCUUUGUGAAGCAGGUUACACCAAAGGAGGAAAAAAAAUUUGUUGUACACAACCAAGGAGAGUCGCUGCAAUGAGUGUUGCUGCACGUGUAGCAGAAGAAAUGGGUGUAAAACUCGGAUAUGAGGUUGGAUACGCGAUUAGGUUCGAGGAUUGUACUUCAGACAAGACUAUCCUUAAAUAUAUGACCGAUGGUACUCUUCUCCGUGAAUUUUUAUCCACACCUUUAUUAGAUGACUAUAGUUGUUUAAUGAUUGACGAAGCACACGAAAGAACUUUACAUACAGAUAUUCUAUUUGGAUUAGACAUUGCCCGUGUAAGACCUGACCUUAAACUUUUAAUAUCAAGUGCUACUUUAGAUGCUCAAAAAUUUGCAGAAUACUUUGAUGCGCCAAUUUUCAAUAUUCCUGGAAAGCCUUAUCCAGUAACAGUAUGCUACACUAAAGCACCUGAAGCAAAUUAUAUAUCAGCUGCUAUCACUACGGUAAUGCAAUUGCAUAUUUCACAAAAGAAUGGUGACAUAUUAGUUUUCCUUACAGGACAGGAUGAAAUUGAAGCUGUUCAAGAAAGUUUACAACAUACUUGUAGGGUUCUUGGUAGCAAGAUACGUGAACUUAUGGUCAUUUUAGCUACCAAUAUAGCCGAGACUUCUAUCACUAUUGAUGGUGUCGCGUUUGUCAUUGAUCCAGGUUUCGUUAAGCAAAAUGUAUACAGUCCAAAAACACGAAUGGAAUCAUUGUUAGUUGUUCCAUGUUCAAGAGCUUCUGCAGUUCAGAGAUCUGGAAGAGCUGGACGUGUUGGACCAGGUCAUUGUUUUCGAUUAUAUACUCAGCAUGCAUUUCACAAUGAAUUAGAAGAUAAUACCGUUCCAGAAAUUCAAAGAACCAAUUUAGGAAAUGUGGUUUUGAUGUUAAAGAGUAUAGGAAUUCAUGAUGUAAUGAGGUUCGAAUUUAUGGACCCUCCUCAUGAACAGUCACUAAUAUCUGCACUUAACGAUUUAUACGCCCUUGGCGCUCUUAAUAACAAUGGGGAAUUGACCAAAUUAGGAAGGCGUAUGGCUGAAUUUCCUUUAGACCCAUUUUUAUCCAAAUCAGUAAUAUGGUCGGAAAAAUAUAAUUGCACAGAAGAAGUGAUAUCUAUUAUAAGCAUGCUUACUGUUCAAAGUUCUGUUUUUUAUCGACCAAAAGACAAAAAAUUCCAUGCAGAUAAAGCUCGUCAGAAUUUUACCCGUCCUGGUGGUGAUCAUUUUACAUUAUUAAAUGUUUGGGAACAGUGGGUAGACACAAACUAUUCAAUGAAUUGGUGUUACGAAAAUUUUGUAGUCUAUCGUUCCAUGUCUAGAGCAAGAGACGUUCGUGAUCAACUUGUUGGUCUUUGUGAACGUGCUGAAGUAGAUUUAAAAUCUAACCCAAAUCCUGGUGACAUAGUACCAGUUCAAAAGUCAAUUGUAUCAGGAUUCUUUAUGAAUGCCGCAAAGCUUUCACGUUUUGGUGAAUCUUAUCAGAAAGCAAAGUAUGGCGAACCGGGUCGAACAAUACAUAUUCAUCCUAGCAGUUCUUUAUUUCAAGUAAAUCCAAAAUGGAUUGUAUUUUAUGAAUUGGUACUUACAAGUAAAGAGUAUAUGCGUCAAGUAAUGGAAAUUAAACCUGAAUGGUUAAUAGAAGCUGCUCCAUAUUAUUAUUCACAAUCCGAAUUAGACAAUUUAGAGGGUAAAAAGAAAAUGCCAAAAAAUAAUAAAGCCGCUCAAAAAGCUGCUCAAUCUUAA